CGCACAUAUACCACAUCAAUUUGAGGUUGUGGGAUAAGAUUUUCACCUGCAGAACAUUUUUACACUAACUAAAAAUUCAUUGCGUAGUUGUAUUUUGGUUAACUUGUCAAUUUUUCCCACUAAAACUACAAGUCAGUGAACGCCCCUUACAUGAACAGGUAGGGACACGUGUGACCGCGAUGGGCGGAGCGGGAAAUUGUAAACACCAACUGCUGCUUUAGCUCUGCUAUGCGGACGCGACUGCUUGUACCACACAUGGUACCUAGCUAGGAUCAGAUAAAAAAAUGGUUCUUUUUGUCAACAUUAACUGAAGCGCAAAAUGCGAUGCUAUCUUCACGCUUAUCUCCUGUGCACGGUUCUCACUUUCUUCUCUUUGCUGUAUGUGUACAGUCAGCUUGCCUCCACCUUGGAGGACAGGGGCAGGUGGGCCGGAAGGACAGCCGGCAGGAGCAGUCAUGACGCCGGGCACGCUCUCAGGAAACGCCCCGGACUGUCAGGCCUCCGGGGCCCAGAGGGAACACAGAGCAGGUGUAAAUCACUGUCAGUCUCUUACUGGAAUCCAUAUUGGAGACUGCCUGCUGAUGAUGUUUGUGGAGUGCACUGCUUAUUGGAGUCACCUCUUGGUGAGAAGUCGAGCUCUGCUACAAACCAGCCUAAAGACGAGAGGAGUCACCUGGCCGUGGUGGCCUGUGGCCCCAGGCUGGAGGAAACGCUCACCAUGCUGAAGUCUGCCGUGCUCUUCAGCAACAAGCCUCUGCACUUCUACAUCUUCGCUGAAGACGAGCUGCAUGGCAGCUUCAGGAAAGCUUUGGAAUUGUGGCCUGUGACGAUCCAGGCAAAGUUUACAUUCUCCAUCUAUCCAAUCAUGUUUCCUGAGGAGAAUGCGAGCGAGUGGAAAAAGCUCUUCAAACCUUGUGCCUCUCAGAGGCUCUUCCUGCCGCUGCUCUUAAAACAAGUGGACUCUCUGCUUUAUGUAGACACAGAUAUUCUUUUCCUGCGUCCAGUAGAAGACAUCUGGGGCCUUCUUUCUCAGUUCAAUGGGAGCCAACUGGCCGCCAUGGCGCCGGAGCACGAGGAGCCUCGCAUCGGCUGGUACAACCGUUUCGCUCGCCACCCGUACUACGGCAAGACGGGCGUCAACUCGGGGGUCAUGCUUAUGAACAUGACGCGCAUCAGACAAAAAUUCUUCAAGAAUGACAUGACAGCUGUAGCACUCCAGUGGGAGGAAAUCCUGAUGCCUCUUCUUCAAAAAUAUAAACUCAAUAUCACCUGGGGGGACCAGGAUCUCCUUAAUAUCAUAUUUCAUCAUAACCCAGAAAGCCUCUACAUGUUCCCCUGCCAAUGGAACUACCGACCCGACCACUGUAUCUAUGGCAGCAACUGUCAACAGGCUGAAGAGGAAGGGGUCUUUAUUCUCCAUGGUAACAGAGGAGUUUAUCACAACGACAAGCAGCCAGCUUUCCGAGCAGUCUAUGAGGCCAUCAAACAGCACUCUUUUGGGGAGGACAUGGAGGUCUCUCUGCUUCAGCCACUCGAAGCAGCGUUGCAGAGAACUACACAUACCUACUGCGGCCGAUCCAGCCACCUGUUUACCAGAAGGUUAAAAGAGAGAAUCAGGUCUGUUUAAACAGAAGAGCUGGCAGGGAUCACCGGCUGAUAUCAUUCCACCGCCUGAUGCUUGUUGACUUGGUUCGUCCUUCGAAGACCCCCCAGCUGGAUAACGUGGCUAACGGCAAACAGGGAUUUGUUUACAAUGCGGAUGCUGAGAUUGUAUGUUGAGAUUAUGUGAUUGCAGAAAUUAAUGAGCAGAGAGUGUUUUAUUUUUACAUAAAUCUAGUUUUGGUACAUAUCUGUUUGAUAAACUGGCAAUAAGGACACAAAUACUUUCUCACUUUCCUGGAAAAUACGCUAUAUUCACUUUGCCCUGCAGAGAUUAUGGACUUGAUGCCGAUAAGGACAAGAAUCUGCAUUUUUAAUGACAAUCAGGUUACUUUUUGUUAUUUGCUUUUAUGUUCAGAGAUAACUUUAAAAGCAAUGUAUUUGUUAUGGAUUUCAUGGGAAAACCAAAUGUUGACCAACAGAGUAUUUUAUUAGAUUUUUAAUAUAAUUAUGCACAGGCUUCCUCCUUAGAUACUGGUUAAAGACUUAAACAAGUUAUCUUAAUCCAACAUUUCAGAAUGAUCUGGGCAGUAUUUAUUUGACAUCUAAAAUGUCAACCUGAAGUAUUAGUAGGUAUUAUUUCGAACACUCCUUUCUCCUUUUCUUAUUCAUUUUUUUUUGUACUUGAUUCUCUUUUUUACUGCAUGAACAAAACAACGCUUUUCUGUAACUGAUGAAAUGUCAACGGUACUGUGGUCUGUAAUCAAACAAACCAGCAUCAUGAGGAAUUUAAAGGUACAUGUGGUUGCAAUAUUCCCUUUAAAGCUGGAAAGAUAUUGAAUGUAUGGUAAAUGUUUUAGAUUAGAUCCAAAAAUAUAUUUUGUUAUUCAUUUAAUCCAGGAUAUAUAUUCUUGAUGUUAAAAUACAGUUGUAUACUGUAGAAAGAGCAGGCUGCAACGUUGCAAAGUCCUUCCUGGUUUUGUAUUUACAGGCCAGACUUUGCUUUAAAAUCAAUCAAACUCAUGUUCCAUAAAGUUCACACUCCAAAAAAUA